GAAGACAAUAGGGAAGGACCUGCUCGAUUUAUGGAGUUUCGAGGAGGAAAUUUGUUUUGAGAGUUCCUCUCGGAGGCUGUUUGAAUCAAAAUGGGAAACUUUAGAGCAUUUGGGAACACACCGCUGGUCUUGCUGAUUUCCAGAUUGUUCCUGGUGUGCUGUGACAUCACGGACGGGAACGCGGAGCAUCUGAAGCGGGAGCACUCGCUGAUGAAGCCGUACCAAGGUGUCGGCAACAGCCCGAGUAGUCAGUGGGACUUCUGGGGCAGCACGUUGGUGACCAGCUCCUACGUCCGACUCACUCCGGAUGAGGGAAGCAAACAGGGAUCCAUCUGGAACACAGUGCCGUGUUACCUGAAGGACUGGGAGAUGCAUGUGCAGUUUAAAGUUCACGGGGCAGGAAAGAAGGGUCUCCAUGGCGACGGCAUUGCUCUCUGGUACACAAAGGACAAACUGCACCCAGGUCCUGUGUUUGGAAACCAAGAUCAGUUUCAUGGCCUGGCUUUGUUUUUGGAUACCUUCCGCAAUGACCUCCAUGGGAUGGAUCGCUCCUUCCCCUACAUCUCGGCGAUGGUGAACAACGGCUCGGUGAACUACGACCACGGCAAAGACGGCCGCUCCUCUGAGCUGGGGGGCUGCUCGGCGGAGAUCAGGAACCGGCAGCACGACACGUACCUCGCCAUCCGCUACUCCAGAGGAAGACUAACUGUGAUGAUUGACGUGGAGGACAAGAACGAAUGGAAGGAGUGCAUCGACAUCGGGGGGGUUCGUCUUCCUACCGGGUAUUUCUUCGGGGCCUCGGCAGCUACAGGAGAUCUGUCUGAUAACCAUGACAUCAUCUCAAUGAAGCUCUACCAGCUGAUGGUAGAACACACCCCCGAGGAGGAGAACCUGGACUGGACCAAGAUCGAGCCCAGCGUCAGCCUCCUCAAGUCCCCGAAAGACAACAUCGACGAUCCCACCGGAAACUUCCGAGGGACGGCGCUCACCGGCUGGAAGGUCUUCCUGCUGCUGCUGUGCGCCCUGCUGGGGAUCGUGGUGUGCGCCGUGGUGGGCGCCGUGGUCUUCCAGAAGAGACAGGAGAGGAACAAGAGGUUCUACUGAGGAGCAGUUGACCUUGUUAACGGAGGUGUUGUUGGCGGAAGGAACUGCUUCCAGAUGACGGCACAUUCAAUGUGAAUUCUUUUAAAAGAUUGUACAGAUGUUUAUAUCCUUUUGAAGCACUGCGCUGGCAGCGAGGUGAGCCGCCCACCGGCCCUGAUCCAAUCUCCAUCCUCCUCCGGGUUCUCCUUCCCUUCAAACGUCCUUUACAAACUGUAAACUACAACUGAUGAUAGAUGAGUGUUUAACAGAACCGUAGCCUGGGUUCUUGGAAACGGGGCAGAGAGCUAUUUGCUUAUUUCUGUGUUUUCAUCUAAAAACUCUAGAAGAACGACUAAAAAUGAACUCGCUGCUCACGUUGACGUUCUAGUGAGAACAGAGCGCUUUGCUCAUGUGGAAUUUUCGAUUCUAAUGAAGGUGUCUUCGUCAGAAGCCACUGUGUGUGCGUGCAGCUAGUUUCAGAUGGAACCACCUCGUCAGCUGUCGCGACGUCCUCGUCCCUCGUGUCCUGCGGCUCUUCACCUCUGAUGACACACAGACCACUAGUUCUGCAACCAGCGAGCGUUUAGUCAGUCUGGCUUCUCAAAAAAUUAGAUGAAAUUCUAUAGAAAUAUAUACUCACAGUGUAAAAUAAUCAGCACAAUCCCACAAAUGCUUCUUUUGUAGAGAUUUUGUUGAAUCUGGGAGAAGAAAUUCACAUUCUAUCAGCUGGAUUUUUUUUUGUGGUUUUGGUAUGAUGAACGAUUUUAUGAUUUAUUAUUAAUUUAGCUGCUUUUACAAAGUGAAACAUUGGCGUUCGGGGGGGGGGGGGAGGCGCUGUAUCACACGGCAGAUACCUGGAUGGAUUGAUCUGGAUCCGGUUCCUCUAAAAGCUUCAGUGCACCACAAGAUGCACCUCCAGACCUGAACAACCUCAAACAUGUUACGCUCUCGCUUCUCGUUUCAUCCAGGAUAUCUCUUUGUUGUUGUUCCACGUCUGUCCGGGUUAUUAAUGCGGAGGCGGGUGACUAAUGAGAUGCUGUUGCCGGCGAUAAAGCUGCAGGAAAGCCAAUGAGUUACUGCUCAGAAACAUCUACAUUUGAGGUGACGCCCUUUCAUCGCUGCGGAGAUGCAGCCACGUUUCCUGUGAUCUUCCUUUCUCGUUUCCGCCACACGGCUUGUUUGUUUCCUCCGCGAUGGGACGUGAAGCAUCUCGUCUCUGCAGAAAUAAAGUGUCAGAUUACAAGACGAAACCGCUUGAACGUGAA